GAUGAUGAUGAUGAUUCUGUUUCCAUAUUCAAUCGCAUGCUCAUUAUGCGUCCUACCCCACCCAUCAUCGAAUUUAACAAGAUUUUGGGAUCCCUUGUUAAGAUGGAGCAUUUCCCCACUGCUAUUUCACUUUCUAAACGAUUGGAAUUCAAGGGAAUCACCCCAAGUUUUGUAACUUUGAACAUCUUGAUCAAUUGUUACUGCCACAUGUGUCAAAUGACUCUUGCUUUUUCUGUAUUCGGUAGCAUUUUCAAGAAGGGUUAUCAUCCAGAUACCAUAACCUUGAACACACUUAUGAAAGGUCUCUGUCUUAAGGGUGAAGUUAAGAAAGCACUGAACUUUCAUGACAAGGUUGUGGCUCAAGGAUUUCAUUUGAACCAAGUUAGUUAUGGGAUCUUGAUCAAUGGGUUAUGUAAAAUAGGAGAAACAAGAGCGGCCAUGCAGUUGUUGAGAAAGAUUGACGGACAAGUAAUUCGGCCUAAUGUGGUAAUGUACAGCACAAUCAUUGAUAGUUUAUGCAAAGAUAAACUUCUAACUGAUGCAUUUGAUUUAUAUUCUGAAAUGGUUGUCAAGAGAAUUUCUCCUAAUGUUGUCACUUACAAUACUUUAAUAUAUGGCUUUUGCAUUCUGGGUCAACUGAAAGAAGCGAUUGCUUUGUUUAAUGAAAUGCAAUUGAAAAACAUCAACCCAAAUGCUCGUACCUAUAACAUAUUUGUUGACGCAUUGUGCAAGGAAGGAAAGGUCAAGGAAGCUAAAAAUGUGGUAGCUGUCAUGAUAAAAGAAGGUAUAGAACCUGAUGUUGUUACUUAUAGUACAUUGAUGGAUGGGUAUUUCUUAGUUAAUGAAGUGAACAAUGCAAAAUAUGUGUUCAAUGCUAUGGUCCCAAUGGGAGUGACUCCAAAUGUUCAGAGCUAUAAUAUCAUGGUCAGUGGAUUAUGUAAGAGUGGAAUGGUCAAUGAAGCCAUGAAUCUCUUUAAAGAAAUGCAUUGCAAAAAUAUGAUUCCUGAUACAGUAACAUACAGCUCUCUUAUUGAUGGUUUGUGCAAAUCAGGGAGAAUCUCUUUUGUUUGGGAUCUUAUUGAUGAGAUGCAUGAUAGAGGUCAACCACCUGAUAUAAUCACUUACAGUUCCUUAUUACACUCUUUGUGCAAAAACCAUCAUCUAGACAAGGCAAUUGCAUUAUUCACGAGAAUUAGAAACGACGGAAUUCUGCCAAAUAUGUACACAUACAAUAUACUUAUUGAUGGACUAUGCAAAGGUGGAAGACUUGAGAAUGCACAAGAGGUUUUUCAGGAUCUUCUAAUUAAAGGCUAUCUCCUAGAUGUCCGGACAUAUAAUGUUAUGAUCAAUGGUCUUUGUAAAGCGGGCUUGUUUGAUGAAGCAUUGGCCUUGCUGACAAAAAUGGAAGACAAUGGUUGUAUGCCUGAUGCUGUAACUUUUGAAGUAAUUAUUUGUGCUUUCUUUCAAAAAGAUGAGAAUGAUAAGGCGGAGAAACUUCUUCGUGAAAUGAUUGCUAGAGGGCUAUUGUAAGAGUAAAACUAGGUGGAGCAGGUUAUGGAGCGGGAAUUGUUCCUUUUGACGAUCAAAUGGGAAUCCAAGGCCAAAUAAUCUUUACCUUCUGUUUUUCGUAAUUUGAUAUUAUUUCUCAGGCUCGCACAGCGCUCAGUUGGGGUGGAAUGCUGCUGUGUCCAUGCUACUUGUCUAUGAAGCAUUGUUUGUCAUCUGCUUCAAGAUUCUCAAGGCUUACUAGCUGUUGCUUGCCGAAACUCUUAAGGGGUUUACAACAUUGAGACUAAAGCAAUUGAUAAUUGUUGAUCAGUGGCUACAGAAGAUAGUGAUUUAAUAGCACGUCCUCAUUAGAAUAUGAAUCAGAUGUGAACAUUAAUUAUUUUUUAGACUGCUGGGCAAGUCAUGCUUUAAUUUGUUACUCUCUGUUCUUAUUGUUGUAUUUAUAUUCUUUCCAUACAGUUUGGAUUCUGGAUUCUUUUGAUACAAGCUUCUAGUGGUGGAGUUAUUUUUGGUUGAGAUUCUUAGGUUAGAUUGACUGAGU